ACCAGCGCCAGCCACACAAAGCCCCGCCGGGAGCGCCCGUCGGUGCCGGCGCUGGAGCUGGGGCUGCCCCCGGCUUUGCUGCUCGGCGCGCUCCGUAAGGGGGUCAUUGCCCAGAAGCAGCCCCGUGGCGACCGGCCGACGCGAGGGGCGGUGAUGAGCGCCAGUGGAAGGUCCCGGCUCCGUGCGCCGCGGGGAGAAGCCGCUCCCGAGAGCCAUAGCCGGGGUUAAACGGGAAGAGAGGAGCGGUGCUAAUGGAAACUGGUGUGGAACUGGCGUUGGCGGAGCUUUGGCUGGACCUUUCCACCCAGUUCCGGGUGUUCUGCCCGAGAAGGAAUGAAGGAGGAGGAGAGGCGCGCCGCAGGGAUGCAAAGGGGAACAUGGGUGAGCCAGGCUCCCCUGGGCUGAAAGGAAGACAGGGCUACCCAGGUAUUGAAGGUUCAAUCGGAUACCCUGGUCCCAAGGGUGUCCCAGGACUGAAAGGAGAGGUGAGAAAGAAGAGACCAAAUGGCACCUCUGGGCACUUGUGGCGUGGGGUGGGCACCUUUCUGUUGCAAAGAGGGAGAGUUUAGCUGUAAUGGGGAGAAUAACAACCCUAUUAAUAUGUAAAGGCAGACACAGGCAGGGAUUUCCAGGGGCAUCCCAAAGCCUGUCUCCUCCUUCAGGCACUGUCUUGUGAAGUGGUGAUGUUUGUACGAAGUAAAUGGGUGAUGAGUG